UUGAGUGGUUGUGACUUCAAGUUUUCGGUGUUAUUUGACAUUUAAAGUAAAUGAAACUAUAAAUGCCGAAAAAAGAGAUCGCAAAAUCUUUUGUGAAUAUUCAACAGGUAGAAAAGUGCGCCCUGACGUCUAGUAGUCUAUAACCACGAAGUACCAGAGAAGACAUCUUGAAAACAUGUGUCCAGAGCUCUGAGUGUUGUUCCUAGUCACUUAUAACAAGAAACUCUCUGGAAAAAACAAUACAUGUCAUUCAGCAUGGCCAGUGAGACAACAACAACAGUGCAAACCUCAUAUGUUCAUGAAAAUGACGAUGCUGAUGAUGACUGGGAAAAUAUUCCACCUGAAGGAGAGGUCCAAGUGGGAGAUGCGGUUGGAGGUUCCUCUGCACAGCAAAGUGGAGAAAAUCCACCCCUCUCUAACACUUGCACCUUUUCAACUCCAGCUCCACCAAGCAGCAAAAUCAAAGCCAAGUCACGGCUCUCUGGACUCCAGUCUGCUCUGACGCCAAUUUUAAAAUACCUUAAUAUUAGUAAUAAAUGUCUGUCUCCAGGGUCUUUAAAACAAUGUGAUGCAAAUAGUCAAAAAUCAAAUGAAGAUUCAAACCGACACCCUGACUCACAGCUCUCCAGCAGCCAUCCUGGACAACCAACGGUGGGUACGAAUGCUCCCAUGCGCCUGCUGGAGGACGAAUAUUUACCAGAAAUAACUCUUCUUGAUGUGACUUGUGAUUCUACGAUGCAAGUAACAAGAAAUGAUUCAGCUCUUCCUGACAGUGUGCCUGCUACACCUGUAACAGCCCAGACUGUGUGCUCUUCAUUCACUUCUCACCAGCCUUCCAAGUUGAAUGUCUCCAGCAGUUUAAAUACUACCUCUCAGAUGCUAAGCAUGAAGAUGGAUGAUCCCCCUGAGAGCGCUUUUGCUCCUCUACGAUGGCUGGAUGAUAGAUACUUCCCAGAAAUAACUCUCCUGGACGUAACACGUGAUUCUGAGCUGUCGCCAGCAGGAGAACGAUCCUCCAUGAACAUUACGCAGGAUAUUUCACCAGCGGAUACUGCAAAAACCAACAUGGACUCUUCAGAACUCAACGGUCAAACUGCAGCAGAGUUCAAGCGUGAUUCUGAGUUAUUGCCAGCAAGCGAACGAUCCUCCAUAAACGUUACACUGGGUAUUUCACCAACUGGUACCGCAAAAAACAACAUAGACUCUUCAGGAUUCAGUGGACAAACUGCAGCAGAGCCCAAUCAUGAGUCAGAGCCAUUGGCUGCAGGAGAACAAUCCCCCUUAAAUGUUACACUGGAUAUUUCACCAGCAGAAACGUCAAGAACCAACAUGGCUUCCUCAGAGUCUGCCACGUUGGACAUAAUUCAAAGUGAGGACUUGUCAAGCACUCUUGAAGGUAAUGCCACACAUACCAUCAGCUCUUUCCAUGAACAGUCGAAUGUAACAAAACCCUCUUUGGAAUUAACGCGGGAUAUUUCUAUGAGCAACAUUUCAGGAAACAGUCGCCCCUCAUUGGCAGAAAGUGAACAAAACAUGCCGAACAUUCACACAAUAGCAGAAGACACACCUGGAACCCAUCCUGUUAACGUUACACAUGACAUGAGCUCCUCCAGUGACAUGUCUGUACAGAGUGCUAAGACACAGUUCUCUACUUCUGAUAUGCAGUGUGACACCAGCUCAAAGACUGUAACCUCUGAAGUGCAGCCUGUGUCGACCACAAAUACUGAAGAGCUACAUACUAGCCACAAUUCACAUCUGUCAAGCCUGAGCCCUAAAACAUCUGGAUCUGCAAAUGACACAUUUACUGUUGGCCAAACUGCCAGUCUGAGUUCCUCUAGCAGUUUAAGCAGCACAGCUCAAACACCUCAGAAUAAAACGUUGGAUCUUCCAGCAGAGGGUGAGACUAAAGACUCGGCUACUCAUCUCUCUAGAAAUAUAACUGAAAACUCCCCUGUUGUGAAUUUUUCUGCCUUAAAAACAAAAGGCACAUGUGAAGUGCAGAAUGCCACUUUUGAUAGGAAUUCUUUUCAAAAAUCCAGUGGAAAUUCAACACUAGGGGAAGCUGCUGCUGGAACCUUCUGCCUCCAAAACAACACAUUCGAUACCAGACCUACUCAGCUGCAGAACGGCACGAUAACUCUGUCAGAAAAGACUGACGGUCAUCAGAACACUUUGGACAAGCCUUCUACUUCUAAGGUUUGUGACGUAACAAGCAGCCCUAAAAACACCACUUCUGAAAUCCAGCCUUGUGAAACCUCUAAACAGAAUAGGUCAACGACCAAUACAGACCCCAAUGCCAAGACAUCUGACGUCCCUGAGAGCACAUUUGAGGCCGACCCACAAAUGGAGAAAGCUUCUGGUUUAUCCAAAAGAGAGACUAAGGAUUCAUCACAGUCUGGUCUGCCAAUGACAGACAGUCUCUCCGACUCCUCUGUCCAUCAAAGCAGAGAUCUGGAGAGCAACAAAGCAAACACAUUCCUAUUAGAUGACACCCUAGAUUUAGCAGCAGCUGCUUUGAUAACAUCAACGCCAAUGCCUAGCUGUAAAGUGUUUAACUUUAAUAAUGAAAGAGAGGUGGGCAAGAUCUCUGGGGCAACAAAGAAGCUGUAUGGGGACGUUCCCAAUAAGCCUGACAGUCCUGUGACCUCGGACAUUCCUCCAAACAUUGUCUGCGACAGGAAAACAUUCCUGACGAAACCUGCUGCUAAAUCCCUCCUACCGCCAUCCAAAUCCACAUCUCACCUGUUGAAGUACAAACCAGCCUCAUUACUUCCUGGAAAGUUUGAGCUCCCAACCGCAGGCCUGCCCAUGACGAGACAGAGAACCCAGGCUGAAGCUCUGAGAAGUACUGCUGCCUCUGAUGUACCCCAAGUGCCUGCAGGAAUACCAAACUCCUACAACUUGCGAGCUACAACAACAGGAUCCAAGCUGCCAAAUUCUGGCUUGCGUAAACCACAAUCAAGUGGCAUACCUUCAGGUAUCCAGAGAGCUACAGCAGGUCUCAGGCCGCCAACAACAAGAAGCAAUGCACCAGCACCUCCUCCUCCUUCUUCAGACAAUGACAAACCACGAUCACCUGCAGCGACAAAGCCAGCUACGAAGAUGGCACAAGGGAAGAAGCACCCUUUAAGCAGAGCUGAAACUUUGCAAGUUGCAGCAAAGAGGAGGAGAACGGAUGCUCCUUUAUCAUCCAAUAAUGCUGAAGCAUCCUCAUCUUCCUCUGAUGCAGCAAAUAGAGCCAAAAACCUGAAACAGCCCACUACCAAUCAGAGAGCUUUACCGGCUAAAACCCAAAGAGAAGAAGCUGCAGCACCAGCCUGUACUGCAUCUGGUGAUGCUGUCAGCAGAAGCAAAGCCCUCAGACAGCCUGGACCCAGCCUUAGAGGUCUGCUAGCCAAACCUCAAGCCCACGGUUGUGCCAACUGUGUAGCACUUGAAGAGCAACUGAAAAAGAAGUCAGAAGAAAUAAAGAAACUUAAAGAAGAGUUGCAAAAGUACCGCAAAGAAGAAGAGGAAUGCUGAUGUAGUUUUGAAUAUUUGUAAACUUAUAAGUCACAAUGUUUCACACUGCAUGAUUUUUGUAACCAAUAAAUGUCCUUUUAUAUGAACAAAACCACAUAAUAUUUAACUCUAAUCUUUUAACUUGCUGCUUUGUUUGUUGUGAUGCUUAUUAUAAUAAACUGGCUUUGGCUGACCAGUAAUUACUUAUAAGUCAUAUCUGGUCUUAUGUUUUAUCCUCACCACAAGAAAGUUAAAUAUAUGAUUAAAAAGACAGCGUAAGUACUUUAAUAAAGUUUGUGAGAAUAAAACAGCAUACUUCUCAAUGCCAGUGUAAAUAUCAGCAUUUAUUAAUGUAAUUUUAAACUGUGUGUUAAACUUUCAAGUCUUUAAUAUGGAGUAUCACAUCUUUAAAAUACCUUAUACUUUAUGAAAAUAUAAAUAAAAACAUG